CUCGUAUAUUAGAAGUCAUGGUCAGGCUCUGCAGGGUUCUCGCCCUGCUGCGGAAUACCUCCAAAAUAGAGAACUUCACAUGAUUGUAGACCCGCUAUGUCGACGAGGAGCACCAGGAGAACAAAGAACCACUCGACUGAAGCAGCCGGCCAUUUUUCCACGUAGGAGUAUGAUGAGUG